AUGAUGUUCCCUAGCUCAAAAAAUGAUGAGGGGCACUCAAGUUCAGAAAAUCAAGCGGAUGAAGAGCAACAACGCAGCUAUACCACAGACAUUCCAAUAGGUUUUAAGUUCAAGCCUACCGAUGUCGAAAUUAUAUGUGAAUACCUAGUGAAGAAAGCAACGUUGAAGCUGGUUCCACCUAGUGAAAUUCAUGAUAUCAAUCCAUCUGAUUUCUAUAAUACUCAUCCUAAAGAUCUUGUUUUAAGGUUACCUGAUGAUAGGAGUGAGUGGUACUUUUUCAUUCCACAAAAUCCAAACGAAUUUAAAGACAGGAUCCAACAAGGGGUGGAAGGUGUAGGGUAUUGGCAAUUCAAAUACAAUGUUUUGAUACAUGAUCGAGAGAGCAAACCAAUUGGCAACAAGUUUGAAUACAAGUUUUUGAGAACCAAACCUCAAGACAAACCAAAGGGAACAAUUUGGAAGAUUGAUUUAUAUGAGCUACUCCAACAAAACAUCGAGUGGAUAAUGGUGAAAUUGACAAAAGGAACAAACUAUGAUGGGAUUGCCGGGAUCUCAAGGGAUAUUGAGUAA